CCGGAGGACAUAUUUUAUUGUGAAAGUAAUGAACUCUCGCAGGCCAAAAGCUGGAUCUCUUCCGCCAUCCACAGAGGAAAAUAUUCUAUAGGAACCUUUCUAUUUUGGUCAUCACACGGGAAAAAUUAAAGAUUAUGUCUGAAAACCUAACCAGCAAUCUGACUACUACAACAUCAUGUACCAAUAACACAAUUGAAGGCUAUCAGAUGGAUUUGCUUCCAGUAUUUUACUCCUUCAUUUGUAUUUUUGGCUUCAUAGGUAACAGUAUAGUGAUUACAGUCCUGUGUCUCCAAAGGGAUAUGAAAACCGUGGCUAACAUCUAUAUUGUAAACCUAGCCAUAGCUGACCUACUGUUCCUAGUAAUGCUGCCUUUCUGGGCCACAUAUUAUGCAUUUGGAUUAAAUUGGAUGUUUGGCAAGGUGAUGUGCAAAAUUUCCAGUUCCCUAUUAACUUUGAAUUUAUUUGCAAGCAUCUUCUUCAUCACUUGUAUGAGCAUAGACCGAUAUAUGGCCAUUGUGUACCCACUGCGUUCACAAAGGAGAACAUUGACCCAGGCCACCAUUGUGGCACUUUCUGUCUGGGCUUUGGCCAUCAUGGCCACUCUUCCUACAUUCCAUUUUCGGAACACAUACUACCUUGAGAACCUUGAUGUCCAUGCGUGCAUAAUGGACUUUCCUGCAAAUAACUAUUCAAGCUGGUGUGUGGCCAUGUCCUUGUUAAAGAUUACUUUAGGGUUUUGUGUGCCAGUAACAGUCAUCAUCACCUGCUACUUAAAGAUUGGAUUACAUUUCAAAAAAUCUAAAGGGCCUAUGCUCAACCAGCAAAGCAGAGAUCGGGCCCUCAAAAUUGUCACGGCCAUUGUUGUCUGUUUCUUGGUUUGUUGGCUCCCGUUCCAUAUAUUGACCUUCCUGGAUGUCCUAACAAGAAUGGAGGUUAUUAAGGACUGCAAGACAGAAACGCUUGUUGAAGCAGCUUUGCCGUUAAGUAUAUGCCUUGCCUUUUCAAACAGUUGCAUUAAUCCUUUGCUGUAUUGCUUUGUUGGGAACCAAUUUCGAGAGAACUUUAGACAUGUGCUCAGCAGUAUCAAAGUUUUACAAAGCAAAAACAGUCAACACAACUCUUCCAGAAAGGGAAGUGACAUAAGAGAGAUGAAACCAAAUGGACCAAGGGACAAUCCACCAGUAUGA